AACUAGAGGCCUAGCCCUCUCACUCUCAACAGCACACUCGAUCCUCGCCACCAUCACUCCCCACCACUUGAUCGGGCGGUGCUGCAGAGAGAUCGAUCGGCAUCAUCGGCCAUGGGCAAGGCGACGGCCACCACCGUGCUCGCGCUCGCGCUCUGCAGCGCCGCCCUGCUGCUGCUGGCCGCGCGGCCGCUGGACGCGGCGGCGUGCAACCCGGCCGCGCUGAGCCCGUGCGGCGGCGCGCUGUUCGGCCGCGCGGUGGCGCCGGGGUGCUGCGUGCAGCUCAAGGCCCAGCAGCCGUGCCUCUGCCAGUACGCGCGCAACCCCGCCUACAGCAGCUACGUCAACGGCCCCGCCGCGCAGCGCGUCGCCAACGCGUGCGGCAUACCCAAGAUGAAAUGCUGAUGAGAGAGAUCGAGCUCCUGCUCGGCCGCCGGCGCGUCACCGGCCGGGCCGCCGGCGCGUCACCGGCCGGGCCGCCGGCACCACGCCGCACACCGCUACUACUACGAGUCCACGGCAGAUCGACGGCGGUGGACGUCUAAAUAAAAGGCCGCGCGACGGCGAGCUCUAGCUUGAGCUGUUUGUCGCCGGUCGCCAACUCCGGCAGCUCAUCAGCUAGCUCAGCUUUGAGCCUGUGUUUUAUAUAUGCCGGUUAGUUUGGUUGUUUUCGUGAUGUUUUUGAGUCUUUGUUCCGUGCGAGUAAAGUUGUGUUUGUGUCCUCAA